AUGGCCUAUGGCAUGUCUGCAGUGCCUACACCUGUCAAGAGUUGUUGCUCAGAACUGGUACGGAGGGGAGGUGGUUACCUAAAGAUCGUGCAAAUCCUCAUGGUCUCAUCAGCCAUCAUGGGCUUCCUGGCUCUGGUGCCAAAUUUCAGAACUCUGAACAGAUUCCUUGGCAUUGAAACCACCACCUGGUUCUCCUUCUUGACCUGCUAUAUUACAGGUCUCUGUCCCUCAGCAAUCCUGGGAAUAGCCGGUCAGACCAUGUACAUGUUGAAGGCCUACAAACGUGCUGUCGAGCGCUUCAUCCACCUCAAUUUCGACUGGGCCUUCUACUUGGGCUGGGGCACCUUCCUGAUGUACCUCUUGAGCGAUACUGGUGUUCUACAUGCCAAGCUACCCCCACCCCCAGAGCUUCUGGGCCAGGAAGACAGGACUGCAGCAUCGAGUGACUCAAUAAGGCCCGACCAAUGGCUGCUCUAUCGGACUCUCCAAUCACCCCACACGUUACAUCACCUAGACCCCUGCCAGUCCCGUAGUCCCCGGACCCGGGAAAUAACGUCCAGGAUGCCAGACUGCAGGGUUGCAGCCACACUCUGCGGCACUCUCUCCCUCACCUUCCUUGUUGUGGCUCUCAGCACGGAUGCCUGGGUAGUGGCCAAUGGCCCGAGGAAUAGCAUUCAUGCCGGCCUGUGGGGAAACUGCCUGAAUGGGGACUGCAUCCUGUUCAAGUCAUAUGGUAACAUCAGCAUCAACGUCACAAGGGCCUUCACAAUUAUCUCCAGCAUAUGCGGGGUGAUAACGGUCGUCUUCUUCAUCAUUUCCUUCUUCCCAUCGCUCUCCUCCUCUCUGCCCUACCUCCCCCUCACUUCCUGCAUCUCUGCAUUUACUGCAGGGAUCUGUGGCCUGGUGGGCAUGGCUGUGUAUACAGGAGAGUUCUGGGAGAAUUCCUACUCAAAACCCACCAUUCAGGUCUUCUUCGCCUGGUCUUUCUACCUGGGAUGGGCCUCCGUCAUCCUAUUCGUCAUGACUGGUAUCCUGAGCAUCUUCCUUCCCAGAGGAGGCUAUGACUCACUUGGGUAAUGAUCUCAGAAGCCUGUGGGUACAGAGUCAUGUUAGGCUGUUCAGAAAGCAGCCUAGUCUCUGUUCCUUUCUCCCAUCAUCCCCAGCCCUUCAUUCAUUCAUUCAUUCAAUUGUAUUUA